UAGUGAAUCAUUUCCAGGUCACUUUCAACAUGGAGAGUGGAGCAGGAAAGCAUUGGACUGAAGAGGAGGUUAAAGCUUUGCUAACUGUCUGGUCGGAAAAAAAUAUAAGGAAGCAACUUUACAGAACACUAAGAAAUAAAGGAAUAUUCAUUUACAUUGCUAAAAGACUUCAGGAAAAAGGCAUUUUCAGAGACUGGAAACAGUGUCGGGCAAAGUAUAAAAAUCUGAAGUAUGAAUACAGGACAGUUAAAUAUGCUCACAACUCUGGGGAUCUCUCUAAAACUAUGAAGUUCUUUCAUGAGCUGGAUGCAAUAUUACAACAUGAACCUGUCUCACAAUUAACAGAGGAUGAAGACAGCAGGUACCUGGCAACUGAGACCCAGCUGGACAUAAAUACAGCCCCAAAGAACACCAAAGGUGAAAUACCAGUUGCAUUAGAAGAUGAUGAGGAUAUUCCAAGGGAUCCUUUACUUUUUAUUUCUCAUGUCACACCAAUGGAACUAGGUAUAGUAUGGUGGAAACCCCCCCUCCAAAAAAAAAAAAGACAAUAGGAAAUAAAGUGAGAGUUUUAGUCUGAAAAUGGGAUUAAGGUGAAAGAAAUUUCUAACCAGAAGUGGGGAGAAUAAUUCCUCUCUUUUCAAUACUAAGGCUAAAAGUAGAAAGAAUGCCCUUUUCUCCCUAGCAUAAAGGCUUUAAUAAAGAUAUCUAGGAUUAUGGUUCUACCCUAUGCUCCCCCUUCCUCUUCCUUAAACAGAAAAAAUAAAAAGGGCAUUCCAAAACAAGUGAUUCUUUAACCUUAAAUAAUAAUCAUCAGAAAUUGAAGUCAUUCUUUAACAAUUACU